UUCCCAAUUUUCAAUUAUUUUCUCAUUAGAUGUCAUCUAUUUGUAAUUCAGAUCUGAGAGAAAAAUGGGAAGGAUGGAUUACUUGGCAAUGAAAACUGACAAUCAGGUUACUGCUGAGGUGACUAACUCUGAUAUCAACAAUCUCAUCAGCCAUGCAACUAAACUUGCUGACCUUGGCUUUGGAAUCUCUUUUCUCCAAUGGCUUGCCUCCUUUGCUGCUAUUUAUUUGUUGAUAUUGGAUCGAACAAACUGGAGAACAAACAUGCUGACUGCUCUCUUAAUACCGUAUAUCUUCGUAAGUCUUCCAUCAGUACUGUUCAACUUUUUAAGGGGAGUGGUUGGAAUAUGGAUUGCUUUCAUUGCAGUUGUACUGAGACUUUUCUUCCCAAGGCAUUUCCCAGAUUGGCUAGAGAUGCCAGGAUCAUUGAUUCUUCUUGUAGUUGCUGCACCCGAUUUCUUUGCAGAAACCUUGAAAGAGAGCUGGGAUGGUGUUGGAAUAUGCCUUCUAAUUGGCUGUUACCUGUUGCAAGAGCACAUUCGAGCGUCUGGGGGAUUUAGAAUUUCCUUCACUCAUACCCAUGGAAUGUCAAACACUGUUGGUAUUAUCCUUCUGUUGGUGUAUCCUGUGUGGGCACUGCUGCUUUAUGUGAAUUGUCAUUGGCAUACAACUUGAACAAAAUGUAUUACUUCAAAUAUUUGUUCGCAAAGACUUCAACAUCGCAUUAGUAUAAUAAGCCAUGUA